AUGGUACAUAGACCAGUAGUAUCAGUAUUUAGUGUAUCUACUGAGAAGCGUAUGGGUAGUACAAUAAUGCCAAGAGUAUUUUCUACACCAUUACGUUCUGACUUGGUUCAUUAUGUCCAUACGAAUAUGUCUAAGAAUAAGCGUCAGGCAUAUGCGAUUUCACGUAUGAGUGGAUAUCAGACUUCAGCACGUUCUUGGGGUACAGGUCGUGCAUUAUCACGUACUCCAAGAGUGAAAGGUGGUGGUACACAUAGAUCCGGACAAGCAGCUUAUGCGAAUUUUUGUCGUGCAGGUGGUAUGUUUGCACCAACACGUACAUGGCGUCAUUGGCAUAGGAAAAUCAAUUUAAAAGAAAAAAGAUUAGCAUUAGCAGUAUCAGUAGCGGCAACAGCUUCAGUACCAUUAGUAAUGUCACGUGGUCACAGGGUUGAGUCGGUACCAGAAUUACCAUUAGUAUUAGAUGACACAAUGGAGACAUUGACGAAAACACGUGAUGCAGUUGAGUUAUUGAAUUCUAUGGGAUUAGCAGAUGAAUUAAAACGAGUAUCAGUAACGAAAAGGACCAAGAGAAAGGGUAAAAAGAGACCAGUAGGUCCAUUGGUAGUUAUGAGAAGUACAGCAGUUGAAGGUAAAAGAGCAUUUAGAAAUAUUCCAGGAGUAGAUGUCAUGUCUGUAGAACAUAUGAAUUUACUUAAAUUAGCACCUGCUGGUACAUUAGGUCGAUUAGUAAUAUUUUCUAAAUCAGCAUUUGAGUUAUUGGAUUCCUGCGUUACGGUGACUGGUCCUACGGGUACCAAGGGUACUAAGAGUACUGUAGGUACUGAGGUUACUGAGAGUACAGUUGUACCAGGUACUACUACUACUGCUGGACCAAGCACCGUAACGGGCACCGUAACGGGGAAAAAUCUAUUGAAUAUAAGUAGUGGAUUAAAAAGUGCUGAUGUGAAUAGAUUAAUAAAUAGUACAAUAGUACAAAGUAAUUUAAGACAUCAGAAAUUAUUAACAAGAGUACAUAAAGUACAAAAGAAACAUUCAAGAAGAUUAUUAAAAUUAUUACAUAAUUCUACCGUAACGGUGACUGGUACUAGGGACACAGUUGUACCAAGUACUAAGGAUAGUACAGUUGUACCAGGUACCAGUACUGGAGUUGGUACUGUGGGAGCAAGCACCGUAACGGGCACCGUAACGAAAUCAACAUUGAAGAAAAAUUCAAGAAAAUAUUAUAAAGAUAUACAAGAAGGUUUAGGUGUAAAAAAACCACUUGUAUUACAUCUUAAUUAA